AUGUUUUCCAAAGAUUGGCGUGGUGAACAUCUGCUCCAUGAACGCUUCUGCCUGGGUUUGGACUCGAACGGCCGCCCCCUCGGCCUGCCUCGAGAGUGCCCGGCAUGUAAGCAGUCACUAGCGGCCGGCAAAGAGCCCACCGUCAUUACCUGGCGCAACCAUUGGAAGAAGUGUCAGCCCGACUAUCCCGUCACCAACGUCUUCACCAUGAAGAACAUCAUAGCCAUGUUCGAGAAGGAUUUACUACCGACCACGGACUGGAACGCCUCGUUUGGAAACAUCCUUUCUCGGAGGGCCACCUUGAUGUCUGACCGCACACUCUGGCCUAUUGCUCAGAAAUGGGAGUCGAAUCCGAACGCAGCCGUCCAAGAAACAAAGACCGUUUUGCGCGCAUACCGGGAUGAUUUCAGUACAUUCUUUCGUGACGCGAUUCCGCUCUCCUUCCACGCCCACAUUUCCGAUGUAACCCCCCACAUCAUUGUCUCUGCCAUCCUCGCGCUUGAGCUCGAGUCGAACUGUCUAAAGAAGACCGAGAAGUUGUCGGCCAAGCAGAUUCAUGAUUGCGGCGUUGCCGUUUUCAACGGAUCCUACGGCGCCGGCCGCGGAGUUCUGGCUGUGACAGCCGCCGCGCCCUUUAUAAGGGAAACGUCGUCCGGUCAGGCGCCCACUGUGCUGACACUGGCCCAAUUACGCUCCCUCCCCCGCCUCAAGCAGACCCUUUCGAAGCUCAGGGCAGAAGGCACCGUUGCCGUCAUUGUCGAGAUCGUCGCGUCCUCGACGGGUCGGCUGUUGACCAAAGACGAGUGGGAAAACCUGGCCCAGGCAUGUCACUCGGCCGGAUUGUACCUCGUCGUCGACGAAGCUCAGACGGCUGUUCGCUGCGGCGCCCCCUUUGCCCACCAUCACCCCACCUACUCGGCAUACCGCCCCUCUUUCGUGCUGUUUGGCAAGGGACUUCGGGCUUGUGGCAUCGCAGCGUACACAGACGGCGUGAUGACCACCAGCCUUGGACAUACAAGCGAGACCAUGCGCAAGGUGACGUAUCGCCUCGACUCGACCUUCUCGGAACCCAUCAACUCGUACGUCUUGCUUCAGUCGUGGGCCAUUGUGCGUGCCGCGAUGAAGGAGGACUGGCCGCGCCGCGCCACGCGGAUCGGGGAGAACCUGCGGAGGAUCCUGGCGGACAUGACUCCGCCAGCCAAAACGACCUCUGUCAUGGGAAUGGGGGCCUUCAUCCUGAUCGAACGGGGCCAGGCUGCCACGCUGUGCAUCACCGGCGCCAGCGCUGGCAAAAAGACGAUCCGGUGGCUACCCCCCCUCGACAAGUCCCUCGCCAACUACGAGGCGGUUCGUGCCCUGUUCGGGCCCGCCUCCGCCAUGUUCCGGGACGACCUGUACCAGCUCCUGGACGAGCCAACCAUGGUCUGCGUCAAUUGCGGCGAGGCUCUCGAGGGCGCCGAGGGCACCUCGUGGGUGCGGUGCCCCACGUGCAAGGGGGCUUUUUGCGGGUUCUGCACCGAGGAGGGGUAUGAAAUGGCACCUGUGCACCAACGAGGCGAAUGCCUGUCGUUCUAG